UUAAAGUGAAAAUGAAAACCAAGACGGCACAGCAGUGCGAUCUCAGAGUCUGAGUAUUGAAGAUUUGAUUUACUACGGCUGGACGUGUCUUAUAAACCCACUUAUGUAACACAGACAGUUUUACAAAGAUCUCCUCAUUGAUGAAUUUAGAAAAACAAAAAGUGUGACGGGAGUGAACUGAGGGAAAAAGGCCCAUGAAGUCAUGAAGGCCCAGAAGAGACGGAGCUGCUUUGUGUUCUUCCUACUUCACAUGAUACACAUCGCCUGGACACAGAGGUUUCAAGUUGUUGGACCUUCUUCAGCUGUUCUUGUUUUUGUUGGUCAAGAUGUCACCCUACCUGCCUCACUCUCACCAGCUAUGAGUGCUCAAUGGUUUGAAGUAAGGUGGUUUCGUGAUGAUUUAUUUUCUCCAGUACUUUUAUACCAGAAUCUUCAAAUUAGACCUGAGCGUCAGUUGCAGGCCUAUAAGGGAAGGACUUCACUUUUCCUAGAAGAGCUUCUGAAUGGAAACGUGUCUCUGAGACUCCAGGAUGUCCGUGUUUCUGACGGUGGGCUGUACAAAUGUUUAGUGGCCUCUGGGCCAUAUGAUGAGGAGGCACACAUCACUCUGAAUGUCGAAGCCUUGGGCAGUCAGCCGUCCAUUUCUCUCAGUACUACAGAAGACCAACAGCCCAGACUGGAGUGCAGCUCUGAGAAGUGGAGCUCUCGACCAGAAGUGAGCUGGAGAGACAUGAACGGCAUAGACGUGACAUCACAGUCCAAGUUAACAUUUAAGCGGGACAUUGAGGGUCUGCUAAACGUAAGCAGCCUCAUCCCCAUCAAGAAGGAGUUCAACGUAUUCUCCUGUCUCAUUAGAAGUAAUACGACCAAACCAGCCUGGCAGUCCAAAAUGGGGGUGUACGUUUUCUCUCCAGGAGUCUCUGGCUGGUCAGUAGUGUUCUGGUUAUCAGUGGUUCUCUGUGUGGCAACAGCCAUUCUGCUGGUGUUAAAAUGGCAAAGAAUGAAAGAUAAAAAUGCAAAUUAUGACAUGAAAGUCGACAUUCUCCCUGUUUGGAUCUUACGCAAGGAAAUCGAGAUGGCACAACAUCCAGCUUUCACUCUGAAGUUUUCUAAAGUUAUUAAUGGAUUCUCUCAUGAAGAUCUCCUCAAGAUCACGGAGAACUACAAGCCUCAGCUGGCCUACGUGAUGAACUUUGACAUCAGCAGCGUCCUGCAUACCCUGGUCACCAAGGGCACUCUUACCAAAAAGGAGGCAAAGGGUGUCAAAGUCAAAGAAGAGUCUGAGGGGACACCAGGUGUGGAGUCCUUCAUUGAUGAGGUGAUGAAGAAGGACAAAGCAGAGCUGGUCAGCCUGUGGGAAGCACUGGCUGAAGAAUUUGUGAGAUGUCCAUCACCAAACCUGAAAGGAAUCCUGGACAAGGUGACCGAGCAGGGACCGGACCUCUUGAAGGAGAUCCAGGCCAGCGCCCAGUCACCGCUCCUUGAGCCUCGUAUUAAAGACCUCAGUGAGACACACAGAGCCGCUGUGUCUGAAUCUAUGAGACCGCUGGAUGAUCAGCUUGCAUCUGGAGAUCCACUCACUAGCGCGGUUGGCCUUGAGACUCGAUACAUGGAGCUGAUGGUCAUCAAACAGGACAUUAAAGAUGAACUGGUGAAGUUUGGGAAGACUCAGGAAAAACUUGGGGAGAAAGGAGCAACAAAGAACUGUGAGCGAAUCUGGACUGAGCAUCUGUUUAGGAGAAAUCCUGACAGUGUAAAUCCCUCCAACAUCGUAGUGGUCAGUGGGGUGGCAGGAAUAGGGAAGACCACCAUGGUCGAGAAGAUCAUGUCUGACUGGGCCAGAGGCACUCAGUACCAGAGGUUUCAAUUUGUUUUCCUUUUUAAACUCAGGGAGCUGAAACUGAUAGACAAUGACAACGAGACACAAGAGUCUCUAACCAAGCUGAUUGUAAGGCACUAUAAAUAUCUUAGUAAUGAAAGCGUAAAAGAAAUCCUGAAGAAACCUGAAUCUCUGCUUUUUAUACUUGAUGGACUGGAGGAAUACAAACGCAAACUGGAUUUCACACCGAGUCAGCUCUUCUCAGACCCAGAUGAUGAGGUGCCUGUCCACAUCCUGGUCACCAGUCUGGUCAGUCAGACAUUAUUGAAGGGCUGCUCAGUCCUGAUCACAAGCAGACCAACAGCUCUAGGGUCUCUGGACAUGGAGAGAGUUGAUGGAUUUGCAGAGAUUGUAGGAUUCUUCCCUGAACAAAGGCUGAUGUACUUUAAGAAGUUCUUUGGUGAGGCUGCUCUGAGCACCAAGGCCUUUCGGUACUUUGAGGAACGAGUUCACCGAUUUGCAGAGUUUGUAGGGUUCUUCCCUGAACAAAGACUGUUGUACCUUAAGAGGUUCUUUGGUGUUGCUGAUAUGAGCGCUGAGGCUUCUAAGUAUGUAGAAGAGAACCCCAUCCUGUACUCCAUGUUCUUCAGCCCCUCGUACUGCUGGAUUAUCUGCUCUGCACUGAAGAGCCACUUCAUGACACCUGAAGAAGAGCGAGGAGCUGCCCCCAAGACUGUCACUGAGAUAUUUGUGAUGUUUCUUCACAACAUCUUGACCAGUCAUAGACAAGAAGCUGAAGACCAGAUUCUGCUCAAACUGGAGAAGAUGGCUUAUUAUGGUGUGGAAAACAAUAUUCAUGAGUUUAAUGAGAAGCAAGAGAUGUCUAAUUUUAGUCUUCAGCCAGUCCUGUCCUCUCCAUUCAUCUCUGGGUUACUGCAGAGACAAAGCACUCAGGAGCACACAACAUACACUUUCUACCACCUCACUCUACAGGAGUUCAUGGCUGCCUGCUCUGUUUAUCGUGAUCCACCAGAGGGAAUUGAGGAGCUGCUGAUGAAGUGGGACUCGUGUAAAGAUGGCCGAUUUGAGAUUGUCACUCGAUUCAUGGCCGGACUGGCUUGGUGUCCUGUCCUUAAAACAUUGGAAGGAAUCCUGGGGGAGUUUGAGGGGACAACUACACAGCGAAUCCAGGAGUGGGUGAGGCAGAAAGCUAAACAGGCUCUACAUGGCCAAAAUAAAAGUGAAGCUGUGCGAGUUUGUCACUGGCUCUAUGAAACUCAGAAUAAGGAGUUAAUCAGAGAUGCCAUUGGGGAGGCUUUAAAGAUGAACUUUAGAAACAUAUCUCUGUAUCCUCUGGACUGUGCUGUGCUGGCCGCUGUCAUCAGCUGCUGUGGAGAACUUCAGAAACUUGACCUGACAGGUACACCUCUGACCCCACAGUGCAUCAGGAGACUGGCAGAGGGGCUCAGCUGCUGCAGUGAAGUCUGGUUGAGGUCUUGUGGUUUCACCUCGGCCUGCUGCUCAGCUCUCUCCUCGGUCUUCUCGUCUCCAAACUCACAGCUGACUGAACUGGUGCUGAACAACAACAACCUGGGAGAUUCAGGGGCUCGUCAGCUGAGUGAGGGGCUCAGGAGUGACAACUGUAAAUUAGAGAAACUGGGGUUGUACUCUUGUGGUCUCACCUCGGCCUGCUGCUCAGCUCUCUCCUCGGUCCUCUCGUCUCCAAACUCACAGCUGACUGAACUGGACCUGGACAUCAACAACCUGGGAGAUUCAGGGGCUCAUCAGCUGAGUGAGGGGCUCAGGAGUGACAACUGUAAAUUAGAGACACUGUGGUUGGUCUCAUGUGGUCUCACCUCGGCCUGCUGCUCAGCUCUCUCCUCGGUCCUCUCGUCUCCAGACUCACGGCUGACUGAACUGUGGCUGAACAACAACAACCUGGGAGAUUCAGGGGCUCAUCAGCUGAGUGAGGGGCUCAGGAGUGACAACUGUAAAUUAGAGAAACUGGAGUUGUUCUCUUGUGGUCUCACCUCGGCCUGCUGCUCAGCUCUCUCCUCGGUCCUCUCGUCUCCAAACUCACAGCUGACUGAACUGAACCUGGACUUCAACAACCUGGGAGAUUCAGGGGCUCGUCAGCUGAGUGAGGGGCUCAGGAGUGACAACUGUAAAUUAAAGAAACUGAUGCUGGAGAACAACGGGAUCAGUGAGAGUGAGAUGAUGAACCUGAGGUCACUACAGGAGGAGCUGAGGAGGUCUGGACAUCACCUGACUAUCUACACAUGUGAAGACCAGCAGUGGUGAUCAGACUGACCCCCCUGUCAGUGACGGAGCCCCCCGUCCACUCUCCCUAAAUUCUCCUCUUUCUUCUUUUCCUUCUCCUCUCAGCUCUGCUCCUCAUUUAAUAAACUCUCCGUGUCCCCUCA